GGCGUCUUGCCGUCUGCCCCCAGGUUGCGUUUACACCACGAAAUCGAAAUCCAUUGUUGUUCCUUCUUUCUUUGCAAAGUUGAUGUUGUCGCAUCUCCUUUAGUCAGCUCAUCAAAGAAGAAGAAGAAGACGAAGAGCCACUCUAGCUAGCUAGCUACCGGUAGCUAUCUAUCUAACAAAGUCAAAUCAGAGAGAUCUAUUCCUUCAUUUAUUCAUCAUGGGCAAGAAGAGCAAACAGUCGGACCGCAGCGCAGGAAGCGACGCUGGGAAGGAGAAGAAACGAAAGAAAGUUCAUGAAUCUCCCCUGAUCCAGCAGCAUGAACCUACGGAUCGGAACAAUGCCAACCAGAGUAGCAGCAAGCCCCGCAAACACAAGCACAAGCGAGAAAAGUCCAAGAAAGUGUUGAAAGAAGAAGAGGAAGAACGGCAAUUGACGGCUCUGCUGUUUGGCAAGAAAAUGGAUGUUCUGGACGAACAAGACGACUACAACCAAGAAAAACAGCAAUCCACACCUUCCGAUGAAGCAGAGGAGGAUGCUGGUCUCAUGUUUGAAAUUGAUCGCACUGGAGUAGACGAUCCUGUGGAACUUGCUGAGUCAACGGAACCCACAAUACUCAAAAAUGACAAAGCUGACAAGCAGAAGUCACAAGACGAAAAGCAAAUAGACGACAGUGAUGAUGAAUCCGACAAUGAUGAUGACGAAACGGGAGAUUCUGACGAUGACGGCCCCGCAUGGAUUGACGAAGACGAUGAGGAUUUGCAAGUGGAUCUGCUGGAAACCAAUCGUCUGCGAAAAUUGCGCAAGACACGCGAUGAAACGCAACCACUGCGAGGCGACGAUUUGCAAAAGCGAUUGAGGAACCGCUAUAAGAGUACCAUGGCAGCCACGGCGCAGACACAGUGGGCUCGGCUAGACGAUGACGACAAGCAGGAGGAACCAGACAAACAACAACAGAAUGACGAUGACGACGACCAAGACGAUACUGAUAUCCAACUAUCGUCUCAGCCAUUGCUGCAACACGGGGCAUCGUCUUCCACCAAACGACUCGCUCCCAACAUUCUCAGUGUCGUCAGAUGUCCCGAUGCCAAUCAAUCCGACUACAACAAGGCCGUGGUACAAGCCGUUCACUUUCAUCCAGGAUCCGAUCCAGAUCAACCACUCCUAUUGACGGCCGGGUUAGACAAGACGUUGCGAUUCUUUCAGGUCACAGCCGAAGGCAGCGAAAAAGUACAUGGAAUUCAUUUUCCCAAGUUGCCCAUUUACAGCGCGGCAUUCUUGGGAGACACGGGCAAGGUCGUUGUCAGUGGGCGACGACCCUUCUUUUACAUUUACGAUUCCAUUGCCGGAAAACUCGACUACAUUCCAAAGAUUGCAGGACGACAAGAACGCAGCUUGGAAACAUGUGUCGCGUCACCCGAUGGAAAGCUCAUUGCAUUUGGGGGCAAUGAUGGAUACGUCAUUCUCGUGGAUGUACAUUCCAAACAAUGGCUCGCCAAUCUCAAAUUAAAUGGGAGUGUCCGAGCCAUUGCAUUUACGCAACCCAAUGGUGACUAUCUGUUGGCCAGUGGAAGUGAUGGUGAUGUCUAUCGGUGGGAUGUCAAAACACGACAAUGUGUGGAACGAUUCGAAAAUCAGGAUGGAACCAUUACAUCCUUUCUGGCAACGUCGACACGACAACAUCUGGCAGUCGGGGCCGAAAGUGGAGUGGUCAAUUUGUACGCAGAUCAUGUUCGACAACGACAAUUGGCUACUUCGACAACAACAAUUACCGAUGGACGAGAACCCAUCAAAGCAAUCAUGAAUCUACAAACAUCAGCGGACAUGGUCCGGUUCAACCAUGACGGGCAGAUCAUGGCCAUGUCCAGUCGACGAGAGAAGAAUGCAUUGAAGCUACUGCAUGUACCAACGGCGACUGUCUUUUCCAAUUGGCCAACGUCCAAAACGCCCCUUUCGUACGUUUGGAGCACGGACUUUUCGCCCCAAAGCAAGUUCCUGGCAAUGGGAAACGACAAGGGCAAGUGCCUUCUGUACUCCUUGCAGCAUUACAAUAGUUAAGUUACUAGCGUAGACAAGCUCGUGUACGUAUCGACCGGUUGGUAGCCAGUGGGCAUUAGAGCAACCUUUGAGUUACAAAUUGAGAUUCCAGAGGGCUAGUGAGAAGGGGAAACCAGACCAAUACUCCUCA